CACAGUGCUUCCUGUACACAGCUCUGACUCACACUGACUCCUCAGAGCGUCUCUGAAGUUGAUGGUGUCGUGUUGUGGAGAUUCUCCGUAUAGAUCACCCCAGAGGAUGGAGAUGACACCCCUCAUCCUGAUCAUUCUGGGGGUGUCAGGAGGGUAUUGUGACAGUCACUCUAUGAGAUAUUAUCACACUACAGUCUCCUCUCCGGGAUCCGGACUCCCUGUGUACUCUGAGGUCGGAUAUGUGGAUGAUAAGGAGAUAGCAAAUUAUAACAGUGACACCCGACAAUAUCUUCCCAAGACUGAGUGGAUGAAGAAACUGGGAUCUGAUUACUGGGAGGGACAGACACAAACAGGUCGGAGAAAUGAGGCUGCUUCCAAGUACAAUGUACAGACAGCGAUGAGACGAUUCAACCAGACUGGAGGGAUCCAUAUUGUACAGGUGAUGAAAGGAUGUAAGCUGAGAGAUGACGGCACCACUGAGGGGUAUUAUCAUCAUAGAUAUGAUGGGAGAGAAUUCAUGUCUCUGGACACAGAGAAUGGGAUCUUUAUCCCGACCAUGAAUGAGGCUCAGAUCACCACACAGAGAUGGAACAGUCCGGAGGAGAGAUGGGGGGAGAUACAGAAGAAUUAUGUGGAGAAUAUCUGUAUAGAAUGGCUGAAGAAAUACAUCAACAAUGGGAGAGAAGAUCUGGAGAAGAGAGUGCGUCCAGAGGUGAAGGUGUGGGGUCAUCGUCAGUCGGAUGAUGUGGCCAGACUUGAGUGCCUGGUGUACGGGUUUCACCCCCAACUUUUGGAAGUGAAGUGGGUGAGGAAUGGGGAGGAUGAUGUUUCUUCAUAUGAAAAGACUCCAAUUCUCCCCCAUCCUGAUGGCACCUAUCAGAUCAGAGUCAGUGUGGAAGUGCCAACAAGGGAGGGAGACACUUACUCCUGUCAUGUGGAGCACAGCAGUCUGGGGAACGAGACCCUCAGGGUGAAAUGGGAUCCCAGCACAUCUGACAAUACUCCUAUAAUUAUCGGUGUUGUGGUUGUUGGUGCAGUACUUAUUAUCGGAGCUGUUAUUGGAUUCCUCAUAUACAGGAGACGCUCAGGGAACACGCCUGGUGGUCGCAUCAUUAAUGCUUCGGCUCGCAAAUUUGAGCCUAUCGGAGUGUCUUCGCAAAGCGAGUCCCUGCUUGAUACCCUCCAUGUAGAAACACCUCUCCAUCCACCAGAGAAUUCCAAUACAUCCCAAAUCACUGGGACCUGCAGUGUGACCACAAUCAAUGAAGAGAAUGCUUCUAAUGUAUCCAGCAACUAAAUGAUGAAAAGUUUCUGAAGAUCAUCAACAAAGAGACUGAACAUGCUGAGCCCGUUAUGCUUUGAAUCUGUCAGCUUGUUUUAGCUUUUAUUCUCUACUUUAAAGUGGACCUGUCUUCUAAUGAAUAAUUAGCACUUUCUUCAGGAAGUUUGGAUAUAAACAUGUUUUUUAGAUGUACGUGUUCUAUUUUUCUAAAUAAGUUUUAGCUUUCUGAUAAAGAACCAACACUUUUUAUACAAA